AUGAGUCGACGACGGUCGGUGUUCAUAUCGGAGGCACUUGGUGGGGACGAUGAACCGUCGACGCCGUUGAGUCAGGAUCCCAUUGAAGAUUUUGGCGGUGAUGGGGGUUAUAAAGUUUCUAAUGAUGAAGGAUGGCAGAUUGUCUUGGAUCCCGAUGCAUAUGGAAAACACAACCAUGAGCUAAUUGUCUAUGAAGAAGGCAAUCGACAAAUGAGCAAGCUUAGUCCAGGUGCGAAGCAACUUGUUCGUGACCUGACUGAUGCAAAAGUGAAGCCACAAAAUAUCUUAGCGGCUGUGCGGAAUCAGGAUCGGUUGAGACUUAAAGAUGCUGAUGGUCGAGUUGUUGUUACAUAUUUCCUUGAACUUGGUAUCGAGUCGCAGUAUACACAUUGGAUCUUGGUUGACCCAGAUACGAAUGUUUUGACCCAUGUAUUUAUGGAACAUCCUACGUCUCUAGCGCUCUUACGCACGUAUCUGUGGGUCAUUGGCAUUGAUUCAACUUACAAGACAAACAAAUACAAAACGCCUUUUUUGGAGCUCGUUGAUGUUACUCCUUGCAACAUGAAUUUCUUGAUCGGGUAUGCUUUUAUGAAGGAUGAGAGCGCUUUGAGCUAUGCAUGGGUGAUAGAUAAGUUAAAGUUGCUGGUUGGUAGUGAUGUAUUGCCUACGGCUAUUAUAACCAAUUGUGAGUUGGGUUUGAUGUCGUCUAUUCGGGAAAUAUUUCCUGACACUGCUCAUUUACUAUGCACAUGUCAUAUUAACAACGAUGUAGAGCAUAGAGUUAAGAAAAUAACGAAUAAUAAAGAUCCAGGCAAAAUUUUCAGGUUGACAAGAUGGAAUCCAAUUCUCAAUGCCACCACAUUGGAUGAUUAUAAUAGAGCAGUUCAAAAAAUGGCGGAAUCUUAUGUAGCAUUUCCUGCUGUGAUUCAUUAUGUGAAGGACACUUGGUUAAACAAUCAUAAGGAGAAAUUUGUUAAAUUAUGGACCAAUGGUGUGCUUCACUUCGGCAAUGUCACUAAUUGUAGAGUGGAAAGUGAAAAUUCAUCUUUGAAGGGGUGGUUGGAAACUUCAACUGGUUCUCUCGAUUCUGUAUGGGCCAAGGUAAACAAGGAAAUUGAAGAUCAGGUCACACAGAUUAAGCAAUCACUUUAG